CCGGGAGCUCUCGAGGUGACUGGAGAUCUAGCGAGCCCCGGACCCAGGAGGCCCAAGUUGCUGAAGGUGACCUUGAGGCAGCAAGACCCCAGAGGAAGGACACAAGGCCCGUGGACGACUGUGCAGCACCCCAGGCUGGGCAUCUGUUAAGAGAGGGUGCUUGUGCCCACGCAGCGGCUCAGAGGCAGCUGCUCCAUGCGGAACUAAAGCUGGUCCUGCAGCAGAAGGGAGAGGAAGCAGGAGUCUGGAGCCCAGGUGACUCCCAGCAGUGCCAUGGAGGCCAGGAGUCGGAGUGCCGAGGAGCUGAGGCGGACGGAGUUGGUGGAGAUCAUCGUGGAGACUGAGGCGCACACGGGGGUCAGCGGCAUCAACGUGGCGGGCGGCGGCAAGGAGGGCAUCUUCGUGCGCGAGCUGCGGGAGGACUCGCCCGCUGCGCGGAGCCUCAGCCUGCAGGAAGGGGAUCAGCUGCUGAGCGCCCGCGUCUUCUUUGAGAACUUCAAGUACGAGGACGCCUUACGUCUGCUGCAAUGCGCCGAGCCUUACAAAGUCUCCUUCUGCCUAAAGCGCACUGUGCCCACCGGGGACCUGGCGCUGCGGCCUGGCUCUGUGGCCGGCUACGAGAUCAAAGGCCCACGGGCCAAGGUGGCCAAGCUGAACAUCCAGAGUCUGUCCCCCGUGAAGAAGAAGAAGAUGAUGAUGCCUGGGGCCCUGGGGGCCCCUGCAGACCUGGCCCCUGUUGAUGUGGAAUUCUCCUUCCCCAAGUUCUCCCGUCUGCGUCGGGGCCUCAAAGCUGAGGUUGUCAAGGGGCCUGUCUCAGCAGCCCCCACCCGCCGGCGCCUCCAGCUACCUCGGCUUCGAGUCCGAGAAGUGGCUGAAGAGGCUCAUAUAGCCCGGUUGGCGGCUGCCGCUCCUCCCCCCAGAAAGGCCAAAGCAGAGGCUGAAGCAGCAGCAGGAGCCCGUUUCACAGCCCCCCAGGUGGAGCUGGUUGGACCUAGGCUGCCAGGUGCCGAGGUGGGUGUCCCUCAGGUCUCAGUCCCCAAGGGGCCAAGAGAGGUGGCCCCAGCAGCCGAGGCAGCUGGUGGCUUUGCCCUUCAUCUGCCGACAUUAGGGUUAGGAGUCCCUGCUGCACCUGCUGUGGAGCCUAUAGCUGGAGGCAUCCAGGUCCCCCAAGUGGAGCUACCCACCUUGCCCUCUCUACCCACAUUGCCCACACUUCCCUGCCUGGAGUCCCGAGAAGGGGCUGCUACGGUCGUAGUGCCCACCCUGGAUGUGGCAGCGCCUGCUGUGGGAGUGGACCUGACCUUGCCGGGCAAAGAGGUAGAGGCCCGAGGAGAGGUGCCUGAGGUGGCCCUGAAGAUGCCCCGCCUCAGUUUCCCCCGCUUUGGGGCUCGAGGAAAGGAAGUUGCUGAGGUCAAAGUGGCCAAGGGCAGCCCGGAGACCAGGGCGAAGGGGCCCAGACUUCGAAUGCCUACCUUCGGGCUUUCUCUCCUGGAACCCCGUCCCACUGCCCCUGAAGUUGAGAGCAAGCUGAAACUGCCCAGCAUCAAGAUGCCCUCCCUUGGCCUUGGGGUCUCAGUGCCUGAGGUCAAGAUGCCCAAGGGGCCCGAAGUGAGUCUCCCCAAGGCCCCUGAUGUCAAGCUCCCAAAAAUGCCUGAGGCUGCCCUUCCAGAUGUGCAACUCCCAGAGGUGCAGCUGCCAAAAGUUCCAGAGAUGAAACUCCCAAAGGUGCCAGAGAUGGCUGUGCCGGAAAUGCAGCUUCCAGAGGUGCAGCUGCCACAGGUCUCUGCGAUGAAGCUCCCAAAGGUGCCUGAGAUGGCUGUGCCAGAUGUGCACCUCCCAGAGGUGCAGCUCCCGAAAGUUACAGAGAUGAAGCUUUCUGAGAUGAAACUCCCAAAAGUGCCUGAGAUGGCUGUGCCAGAUGUGCACCUCCCAGAGGUGCAGCUCCCGAAAGUGGCAGAGAUGAAGCUCCCAAAGGUGCCUGAGAUGGCUGUGCCGGAUGUGCACCUCCCAGAGGUGCAGCUCCCGAAAGUUACAGAGAUGAAGCUCCCAAAGGUGCCUGAGAUGGCUGUGCCGGAUGUGCAUCUGCCAGAGGUGCAGCUCCCAAGAGUCUUAGACAUGAAACUCCCGAAAUUGCCCGAGAUGACUGUGCCAGACGUGCACCUCCUAGAGGUGCAGCUCCCGAAAGUUCCAGACAUGAAGCUCCCCAAACUGCCUGAGAUGGCUGUGCCAGACCUGCACCUCCCGGACGUGCAGCUGCCGAAAGUGUCAGAGAUGAAACUCCCGAAGAUGCCUGAGAUGGCUGUGCCAGAUGUGCACCUCCCAGAGGUGCAACUGCCAAAGGUUUCGGAGAUGAGAGUCCCUGACGUGAGGCUCCCAGAGAUGAAACUCCCAAAGGUGCCUGAGAUGGCCGUGCCUGAUGUGCACCUCCCAGAAGUGCAGCUGCCGAAAGCAUCAGAGAUGCGGCUGCCAGAAAUGGAAGUGCCAAAGGUCCCAGAGGUUCACCUCCCGAAGGUAUGCGAGGUGAAGCUGCCCAAGGCUCCAGAGGUGCAGCUGAAAGCUGCCAGGGCAGAACAGGCAGAGGGGAAGGAAUUUGGCUUCAAAAUGCCCAAGAUGACUAUGCCCAAGCUAGGGAGGGCAGGGUCCCCAUCACGAGGCAAGCCAGGUGAGGCAGGUGCUGAGGUCUUGGGGAAGCUGGUGACACUUCCCUGUCUGCAGCCAGAGGUGGGCAUCGAGGCUCGUGGGGGUGCUCCCUCUCUUACAUUGCCCUCUGUGGAGCUACAUCUGCCAGGAGCCCUCGGCCUGGAGGGACAGGUCCAAGCAGCUGCAGUAGGCAAGGUGGAGCGGGCAGAGGGCCCCCAGGUGGCAGCAGGGGUCAAGGAAGGGGCCUUCCGGAUGCCCUCUGUUGAGAUUGUCACCCCACAACUGCCCACAGUGGAGGCUGGCGAAGGGCUGCUAGAGGUGACGGAGAUGAAAGUCAAGCCCUCCUCCAAGUUUUUCCUGCCCAAGUUUGGACUCUCAGGGCCAAAGGUGGCCAAAGCAGAGACUGAGGGGGCUGGGCGAGCCUCCAAGCUGAAGGUAUCCAAGUUUACCAUCUCACUCCCCAAGGCUCGCGUGGGGACCGAGGCUGAGGCCAAAGGGGCAGGGGAGGCAGGCCUGUUACCUGCUCUCGAUCUGUCCAUCCCACAUCUCAGCCUGGAUGCCCAUCUGCCCACAGGCAAGGUGGAAGUGGCAGGGGCUGAUGCCAAGCUCAAGGGGCCCAGGUUCGCCUUGCCGAAGCUUGGCAUCAGAGGCCGAGACACCGAAGCAGGGGAUCUAGUGACAGGGGUGGCUGAGUCGGAGGGCAAGGGCUGGGGUUGGGAUGGGAGGAUGAAGAUGCCCAAGCUGAAGAUGCCCUCCUUUGGGCUAGCUCGAGGGAAGGAAUCAGAAAUUCAGAGUGGACGUGUCAGCCCCGGGGAAAAGCCAGAGUCCACAGCUGGGCAGCUUAAGAUCCCAGAGGUGGAGCUGAUCACGCUGAGGGGCCAGGAAGAAGGGGGGCCAGCUGGAGUGGUGGUGGCCGGUGGAGUGCAGCUGUCAGACUUGCAAGUGUCCACAAGUAGGCCAGCGAGCGCUGAAGGCCAGGAGGGGGCGCUGAAGAUGCCCCCACUGGGCAUCUCCCUGCCUCAGGUAGAGCUGACCAGCUUUGGGGAGGUGGUUGCCGGUGCCGCCCCCAAGCAGCCCGCUGAGAGUGCAGCCUCUUUAGCAGAGGGCACAGCAGGCUACAGGAUCCAGACGUCUCAAGUGACCUCGGUCCAGCCUGGGACGCAGGGAGCAGGUGGUGAGCUGUUGGUGGGCGAGGGCAUCUUUAAGAUGCCUGCUGUGACGGUGCCCCAGCUUGAGCUGGACGUGGGGCUGGGAGCAGAGGCGAAGGGAGGCGAGGCAGCCGCGGGCGAUGGUGGGCUGAGGCUGAAGAUGCCUGCUCCGGAGGCCAAAGCCGGGGCUAGGGGAGAAGCGCCUGGGGCCCAGCCUCCAGGGGCCGAGCGCACUUUCCACCUCUCACUGCCCGAUGUGGAGCUCUCGCCGCCCGCAGUUGGCAGUCAUGCUGAGUACCAGGUCACAGAGGGCGAGGCGGACGCCGGGCACAAACUGAAGGUGCGGCUGCCGCGGUUUGGCCUGGUGCGGGCCAGGGAGGGGGGCGAGGAGGGCGAGAAGGCCAAGAGCCCGAAACUCAGGCUGCCCCGCGUGGGCUUCGGCCAGAGCCAGAGCGAGGCGGGCGCGAGGGAUGGCUCUCCCAGCCCCGAGGAGGAGGAAGAGGAGGCCAGCGGAGAAGGGAGCUCUGGCCGCCGAGGGCGAGGCCGGGUCCGCCUGCCCCGUGUGGGCCUGUCUUCCCCUUCCAGGGCCUCUCGGGGGCAGGAGGGUGAGGCAGCCGCCAAGUCCCCCGGUGGGGAGAAGUCGCCCAAAUUCCGCUUCCCGCGGGUGUCCCUGAGCCCCAAGUCCCGGAGCAGGAGCGGGGACAAAGAAGAGGGUGGAUUCCGGGUUAGGCUGCCCAGCGUGGGGUUUUCGGAGUCAGGGGCUCCAGGCCCUACCAGGAUGGAGGGGGCUCAGGCCGCUGUCAUCUGAAGUCACAGGGAGACUCCCCGUUGUCUUCGCAUCCCGCCUCCCCCUUGUUUUGUGUGUGAGAUAACUAGCACUAACCCUGGGGGCGGGGGUGGCCAGGAGGUGGACUACUGACCAGGGCAGGGCCGUGGAGGCCUCGCGCCUCGCGCCGUCUCGUUGGCAGGAGUGCCCAUAUCGUGCCAUGUGAAUAAAGUAAU